GCUCCCGCUACGUGCCUCGCUUGGCUGAUAUAAAAAGGUCGCGUGAGGAAGUCAUCUGCUUUCAGAUCGUUUCUUAUCACAAACGUCCACGUCGUACUCUCAACAGUUGGAAAGGGAGAAAAAAUGCAUUUCCUUUGGGUCUUCGUGGUCUUUUCUCUCGCACAAAUGGUAAGGGUGGACGGCCAGUCGGGUGAAAACUGCAAAGAAACUAAUACGAUGUUGACCACACUGCUAACUGAAUUUGGAAAACUAAGAAAGGACAUUGACUGCCUGAAAAUCCAACGAAAUUUGCCUCUGGCUACACUGGAAAAUGAAAAGUCGUACCAUUUUUCGAGAAUACUGCGGAGCUGGGACGAAGCGAACAUAUUCUGCAAAAGUAAAAUGAUGGCGUUGGCGUCCCCAAAGACCUCAAACGAAAUACGCACUUUGAGGAAAGCAAUCGACCAAUUUGCUCCAGGAGAACAAUGGUGGGUGUCCGCAACAGACGUUGGAAACGAGCCCGGUAACUUUACGUGGCUGGACGGCGAAAUCCUUUCUGGGGAAAGUGCAUUGUGGGACAAGCGGGAACAAGAGCCAAAUAAUUUCGGCGACGGAAAGAAAGCCUGCGUUGUUUUGCAUUCCCACCUGUCAGAAAAAUUUUAUUGGCUGUGGGAUUUGAAUUGUGAAACUCAAGCAUUUUCAAUUUGUGAGUCGACUUCCGAAUGUUAAUGAAAAUAAAUAAAAUUGCUUGAUAGCAACAGUUUCAAAUUUCAAUAAAAAAUAUUUGAAUGUGAGAGAUGAAUUUGCCUGUAAGCAGUUAAGAAGCAAAGGUCAAGGCUGCUGCGAUAAACACAAGCUCGUGACCAUUGAAAAAAGUAGGUUAUAUAUUCGUCCGGAUAUAAAUUGGCCACUCUCUCUUUAAAUUACAGUCACUCUCACAACAGCGAUCACAUCCUUCUCCAAACAUUGUGAGUAAAAUAAUGUCACCGCUCUGGAUAUUCUUGGUCGUUUUCCUCGCGCCGAUGGUGAUGGCGGGCGGCAACGUGGAUGAAAAAUUCGAUGAGAUUAAAACGAUGUUCACCACCCUGCUAACUGAAGUUGGAAUUUUAAAGAAGGACAUUGACUGCUUGAAAAUCAGACAAAGCAAUCAGGCUUUGACAACAUUGGAAAAUGGGAAAACCUAUCACAUGUAUAAAAAGGAGGUGACCUGGGAUGAAGCAAACACAUACUGCAAAAGUAAAAUGAUGGCGUUGGCGUCCCCAAAGACCUUGGAUGACCUACGUUUGCUGCAGCAGAGUACACAAAGACAAUUUGCUCCAGGACAAUAUUGGUUGUCUGCAACUGACGCGGGACGGGAACCAGGAAACUUCGCAUGGCACGACGGAGAGAUCUUACCAAGAGAAAGCCAAUUGUGGGACAAACAAUUUAUGAGACCAAAUAAAUUAUUUGGCAAUGGGAAGAAAACUUGCGUUGCGUUAGGUUCCCCCGGGCUUAAAGAUGAUCGAUUGUAUGAUUUUCAUUGUCUCUACAAAGCAUACGCAGUUUGUGAGCUUGCUUCCGAAUGUCUGUAAAAGUAAUCAAUAAAAUACAAUAAGCCUUGAUUUGUGUAAAAAAGU